UCUAUUAUGAACUUUGUGUUUUUAUUACAGGUAGGGUAGCCGUGUUGGUCUGGGUCGAAGUAAAAUAAAAAAAUUCCUUCAGUAGCACCUUAAAGACCAACUAAGUUUUUAUUUUGGUAUGAGCUUUCGUGUGCAUGCACACUUCUUCAGAUGAACCGUCCUGAGAUCUUUAGAUAAAGGGCAGUAUUAAAUAAAUAUUUCAUACAUAUACAUAUAUAUAUCUGAGUAAUAUAAUAAUAUGACUCAGAGAGAGAGAGAGGUGUUUAAUUUUUAUAUUACCCAAUUUCCUUCAACUCAGAUGGGUAUACGGUAAAUAGGAAUAAUAGGCUGCAAUCCCAGCAUAGGUUUACAGCACAAAUCACAUUUUCCCCCGUCCUGAGAACCAAUUUCCUGAGAAUUGUAACUCUAGAACCGCAGCUCCCAGGAUUCAUUGGGGUGGGGGUAUAGAGGGAAAUAUAAUUUUUAAAAAAUAUAGUGUACGCCUUUUUUGUGUGCACGGCGGAACCAAUUGAAAAACAACAACCCAUCGACUUCGUGGCUUAUGUAGGAAGUGGGGGCGAGAAGAGAGGGAGAAAAAUAAAAGCUGGUUCUUUACCUUUAAGGGCAGACUAAACUAAUCGCUCGCUGAGCCGACUCCAUCGGCCCCACGGCAGAGGGCGGAAGUAACUCUGAAGCCACGAGGCGCUGCUGAUUCUGAGAGAGAGAGAGAGAGAGACAGAAAUAUCCCAGCCUUUGAAAUGGCGCAGCUUCAGGCUCGCUUUUUCACUGAGGACACGAAAUACAUAGUAGAUGAUGUUCCUUUCUCUGUCCCAGCUGCUUCUGAAGUUGCUGAUCUCAGUAAUGUUAUCAACAAAUUGCUGGAAGCAAAAAAUGAAGGCCACAAAUAUGUGGAAUUUGAUUUCCUUAUCAACGGACAGUUCUUGCGCAUGUCCCUGGUCAGGCACAUGGAAGUGGAAAAUAUCUCAACUGAAGAAGUAGUAGCCAUAGAGUAUGUUGAAAAAUACACUGCUCCUCAACCUGAAGAAUGCAUGCUGCAUGAUGAUUGGAUCAGUUCUAUUGAAGCUACAGAAGAAUGGAUUUUGACAGGCUCCUAUGACCAGACAUCUCGGAUUUGGUCAGUAGAAGGCAAACCCAUAAUGACGCUUGCUGGACAUGUAGAUGUGGUUAAAGAUGUGGCCUGGGUCAAAAAAGAUAGUUUGUCAUGCCUGCUGCUUAGUGCGUCUAUGGACCAGACUAUCCUGCUGUGGGAAUGGAAUGUAGAAAAGAACAAAGUGAAGGCCCUUCACUGCUGCAGAGGGCAUGCCGGAAGCGUAGAAUCUGUCGCUGUAGAUGGCUCAAGGACUAAAUUUUGCAGUGGAUCAUGGGAUAAGAUGCUAAAGAUCUGGUCUGCAGUGCCUACAGAUGAAGAGGAUGAAAUGGAAACGGAGGAGGUGGCAAACAGACCAAGGAAAAAGCAGAAAACUGAGCAGCUGGGACUAACAAGAACUCCUGUCACAACCCUCUCAGGUCAUACAGAAUCGGUCUCUUCUGUACUUUGGUCUGAUACAGAUGAAAUAUGCAGUGCUUCAUGGGACCACACAAUUAAGGUGUGGGAUGUUGAGACAGGGGGCCUCAAAUCCACUUUGACUGGAAACAAAGUGUUCAACUCUAUAUCCUACUCGCCAUUGUGUCGGCGUUUAGCCUCUGGAAGCACUGACAGACACAUUAGGUUAUGGGACCCUCGUACCAAAGAUGGUUCUUUGGUACUGCUUUCUCUUACCUCACAUACUGGCUGGGUGACAUCAGUGAAGUGGUCACCCACACAUGAGCAGCAACUCAUCUCUGGUUCUUUAGACAACGUUGUCAAACUCUGGGACACAAGAAGUUGCAAGGCACCUCUCUAUGACUUGGCUGCUCAUGAAGACAAGGUUUUGUGUGUGGAAUGGACAGAAGCAGGGUUGCUGUUGAGCGGUGGUGCAGACAACAAGCUCUAUUGCUACAGAUACCGAGCAGCCACUUCUGAUGAUGGAGCAUGAAAACAAAUGAAAGGAUCAUGAGAAUGAAGUCUUCUGUUUUUGCAACCUAUCAUACACAGCUGUAUAAAAUGUGUGAUUUAUGGUAUUAUAAAUCUUGCAUAUUAUACUUUGGGGCAACAUUAGUUUCCUGUUCUUUGUUUUGAGGCAAGGUGGCAGGUUAAGGCAUUUUUAUUUAAAACCUUCCCCCCCCCCCCCUACGCAAACCAUAUGAACUCGAGUUGGUCAAUUUUAACAGUUUAUGCCUUAUUAACAUGAUGCGUGUUUAUUAAAACUUUUUUUAUUUUGUGCAAGUAUAUUUAAGUUUUUAAGUUAAUCAUGAUAAUGAGCUUUCCACCUUCCAUUAGUUUCAGUGGGAACUUCAGAUGUCUCCCAUGAAAAAUCAAUUGAAGCUGUUGCCAGAUGGAGAAUGCUCAAUAUUUCAAUGAAAUAAAACUGAAGUGUUCCUUAACAUGGUUGUAAUGCCAUCUGACAUACUUUUUUAAAAAAAUUCAGGAUUUCUUUUUUGGACUAGGACCCAAAAGACAAGGGCUCAUUAGAUGGCCUCCAUGGCUGGAGGCAGUAUGCUUGAAUUGUAGGUAUGGAAAGUGCUGCUGUUACGUUUGGGUUCUUGCUUGUGGACUUGCCAUGGACAUUUGGUGAUUGAUUGAUUGAUUGAAUGAAUUUAUAUGCCACCCUAUACCCAGAGGUCUCAGAGCAGUUCACAGAAAAGAUAAGGGCCCCUAGGUUCUUAUCUGCAUUUCUUUAAGCAGCAGUUUGUUAUGCUGCAUAUCAGAUCAUUUUUAACCUGAAGAGGCAUGUUUAUAGCAUGAAGCUCUGUGGUUUAAAAAUGCUGGGUGGGUUUCAAAUUCCGGAAGGUAUAUAUUUUUAAAAAAACAACCCAGGGGUAGUGAACCAUUUAGGACUGCAGUCUGGUGAUUGGAAUGGCCCAUUAUUUUCCCUCUUGUUGGUAUCUUACCUGUCUUUGGAGACAAUGGAGUGUGCCUCCAGGGGUGAAGUCAAACUGCUGGAGAAUCACAGCAUCUGCUGUGGCUGCAGAGACCAGUAACUUGUAACUGCUGCCUCCUACGUUGCUUUUGCUGUGUUAGCAGCACUGAAGUGACCUCUGUGGGGUUCAAGCCUGGGCAGUGUGUUCUUCUUUCUUCUUUGGCAAUUGCUUGUGGCCUAGGGGCCUUCCAUGAACACGGUUUGAGCUGUGUGUCUGUAAGUGACUGUGGAGACCAAUUCUGGAUCCACACGUCCUUCAACAGCGUGGACAUAGGUUUCUGGGCAGGAGUUGAUCACGGUGAGGAUUUGCCAAACAUGCCUUCCUCUUAGCUCGUUUCUCCUUUUCGCCUUGAGUUCGUGCUCCUUCAAAGUCCAUGACACCUUUGGUAAAGGCUGUUCUCCAACAGGAGCUCUCACAGGCCAGUGCCUCCCAAUUGUCCCAAUUUCCCUGAUGCCAUCAGUACACUUACAGUGAGCAGCUGGAGGAGGGUGCCAGCAUUGGGGGCCUCUAGAAUAAGACCCCCCCCCCAGCAGGGUCUGGAAGUGCCUCUUCAGUUCCUGCGGGAAAAGAGAGUAGAGAGGUCGAGUGCUGGGUUAAAUCUUGCAAGGGUGCAAGAAAAAGAAAGAGCUGUGCAAAGGGAAGUCAAAGCAGAGGACAUACCUCUUUGUCGUCCUCCUUUUCUGCGCCCCCAAGAAUAGACUCCAUUGUCCUACGCAGGAUAGUACUGACCAUAUCGCAGCUGAAAUGGGGCUGGAGAGAGAAUGGGAAGAGUUUAGACACUGCCUCCUCACGUCUCCCUUGCUCCCUUCUCCCUCCUGC